AUGAGCGACAUAGCCAGGAAGACCUUCGAGCUCAAUAACGAUGUACAGUCUGUCGAUCCGACCGCUGCGAUCUUUCAGUACCCAAGGGAAGAGGAAAAGGCUUUAGAAGAUGAUGCACCUUGGUCGAAAGAUCCCCAUUACUUCCAUACCGUCAAGAUCUCAGCCGUCGCUUUGAUCAAGAUGGUCACGCACGCACGAUCAGGAGGAGCUUAUGAGAUCAUGGGAGUCAUGUAUGGUAGAGUGAAAGAUGGAGUGUUCUGGAUCAUGGAUGCAGCAGCUCUACCCGUUCAAGGUACCGAGACAAGAGUCAAUGCAGGAAAUGAGGCAAUGGAGUAUAUGGUCAGCUUCCAAGAAUCGUCGAGAGAAGCUGGAAAGGGGGAAUUACUUAGGGGGUGGUAUCACUCACAUCCUGGUUACGGCUGCUGGCUUUCCGGUAUCGAUGUGAAUACUCAGCUCAACCAACAGAAAUUUAACGACCCUUACCUCGCUGUCGUGAUCGAUCCGAAUAGAACAGUAUCUGCUGGUAAAGUCGAAAUUGGAGCUUUCCGAACCUAUCCUGAAGGAUACAAACCUCCCUCAUCAGGUACCUCUCAAUACCAGUCGAUACCUAUGGAGAAGAUAGAAGACUUUGGUGUCCACGCGGAUGCAUACUACCCUCUUAAAGUUGAGAUCUACAAGACCAAGCUGGAUGAGCAAUUGCUGGAUCUGUUAUGGAACAAGUAUUGGGUAGCUACAUUAAGUUCAAGUCUUCUCACUUCUAAUCGCGAAUACUCGACCUCUCAAGUGAAAGAUCUGAACGCCAAGCUUCAAGUUGCCUCAUCAAACCUCAGUAGCUCAACGUCGAAUCUCAAACUCAAAUCAGCACCUGCUGGACAGGCUUCAGCAAAGGGCAAAGUUAAUAUUAAGGACUAUGCGGGAGUCGAAGAAGAAGAUACCGCUCUAGCCAAAGUCGCCAAGGAUAGCUCACGUAUCGCGACUGAAGCUCAAAACGGAAUGAUAUCUCAGCUGCUCAAAGACAAGCUCUUCAACACUCCCCUUCAAGCUCCUUUGGAUCCUACCACAGCGAGAGCCACUGUGCAGGGCAGGCAAUGA